AUGUACCACGUCCCCAGCCCCACCCCUCCAGCCAUGACAGCCCCCAAGGCCCCGGCCAGCUGCCACCAGCUGCGGGAGUUUGACAGCGUCAAGGACUCCAUUGCCGACCUCAUCAACCAGCUGCAGGAUAUUGACCCGAGCCGCCUCUCCUUCUCGCCCUUCCUGGACCUGGACACCCAGAUCUCCCUGGCGCCCGUCUCCGACAGCCCCGAGUCCUCCGUCGAGGAGCUGCACUCCACCUCCGAGGAGGAGACCUCCCUCAGCCUGGCUACAAGCGACUCUCCAGGGCCAGAGGCUGAGCCAGUGGAGGGGAUGCAGAGCCAGGGGGCUGGGCCUCUCCUGGGGGAGGACCCCCGGCCUUCCAUGGUGCAGGGAGACCCUGGGCUUCCCGUGGCAAUGGACCCCAAAGACCCCAUCCUUCCACUGGGCUGCGACCCACGGGAGACUGGCAGGGCAGGGCCUGGAGGCAGCGUGGUGGUGGCGGUGCCCAAGGAGACCUGCUUCCUGGACAGGGUGGGGGCGGAGACCCCCAUGGUGCAGCACAUGGAGCAUCUGCCCGCCAGCAGGGAGCCAAGCAGGGCGCAGCCCCACAGCGAAGGGCCAGCAUGCCCCACGGCCAGUCGGCCUCUCCCCAGGGAGGAGCAGCCGUUCCUCGGCUCGGGUGUGGAGCCGGUUUCCUGUGGCCCCGAGGAGCCCGCCCCUCGCCCACCGGGGAAGUGCUGCAGCUGCGGCACCAGCUCCCACCUGAAGGCCGUGUCCUCGGUCUUCGUCUCGCUGCUCCUGGCGCCCUGGGUCCUCUACGGACUCUAUUACCUCCUGCCCUUCGAGCCGCCGCUUUGCCCGGACCUGGCCAGCCGUGCGGCCUUCGCCCUGCGCUGCCUCCUCAUCGCCGUGGUGCCCAGCAUGCUUGGUGUCAUGUUCGGGGCUCUCGCCAAGCUCUGCUCGGUGGCCAUCGACCCACUGGACACACGCUCCCGGCCCGUCCUGCUCCACCGGCUGUACAUCGCCAGCUCCAUGGAGCAGUUUGUCAUCUUCGGCCUCAACACGGUGGUGCUGGCCACGUUCCUGGCCCAGGAGCACCUGCGCCUCAUCCCCAUCCUAGCCGGGCUCUUCUCCAUCGGCAGAUGCUGUUACUGGAUCAGCCUCCACGUCGGCAGCGCUUACCGGGGCUUUGGCUUCGGACUCUCUUUCUUCCCGGCCCUGGCGAUGACCGUCUACAACCUGUUCUGUCUGUACGACCUGGGCUUCGCCUUCCUCUUCGCGCCCUCUCCAGCGGGUGGGGGCAGCGGCGGGGCCACGCCUGCCCCCACGCGGGAGCCGGCGAGCCAAAGCACUUGA